AUGUUCCGCCUCCAACCCACCCGCUCGCUGGCAUGCGUCGCCCGCACCCAAUUCACUGCGCCCCGCUUCAUGAGCACCUCGCGCUCUCUGUUCGCGCAAAAGGAGACGCAGGACAAGGACUCGAUAAAGACGACCUCCAACGAGUACUCCAAGUCCGGCUCGGACGAUGCAGCAGCACACACCGAUGCUGCUUUCAACCCCAACCAGACUACUCCCGAGGCGGCUGAGGCCUCUGCUGAGAAAGAGGCCGGAGGCCAGGACAACUCGCUCAACGUGAGCCCCGGAAACCCCGAAGUCAGCCAGCCCAACGACCCUGAGAUUGGCGGUGCGAGCCAGGGAACAAAUAAUAAGGCGAGCGGCGCGGGAAGCCCAAACAAGCAGGGUGGUGGAUCAAGUGGCUCAGGAAGUCACAACUAG